AUGGUCAAACAAGAACGUGCCGCUACUAAAAUUCAAAAAUGUCUUCGAGAUUAUGUUGCACGAAAUAAAAUGUUAUUGAAGUUACUUCAAUGUUUCAAUACAUGCUAUCGUAAUAAAAGUCCGGAACAAAAACAUCUUUUUACUGUUUGUCGUUUAUUAUUGUCCAAACAUGGAAAAGAUGCACAAGUCAACUGGUUAACUAAUGGUUCUGCUGACCAUAUUUUCACACUAGGGAAUUCGUUAUUAAUCAACAUCAAAUAUUUAACAAAACUUCCAUCAUUAACAACAUCAUCAAACUAUACAUUACCGAUUCGUGUAUUAGAGGAAUUAUUCAACAUUUUAAUCGGAACUUGUUCAUCUACAAAAAUUUCUUUAUAUUCAAAACAACUAUACUUCAGUAUUGAAUGGAUUUGUCGACAUUUAUCAAAGCAUCAUUAUUUUAAUCAUUUGGCUUAUUUUAUGGAUCAACAAUUACCGACUACAACUGGUGGUUACCUUAAAGAUUUCACUACCCAAUCACAAGUAUUUGAUCCUGUGGAAUUUUUCAAAUUACCAAAAACUCGUUCUUUCAUUAAUCUAAUUAUUGCACCGUUGAAAUGUACUUUUAACUUAUCGGAUAAUGGUAGUCCAUUUUCUAAUCCAAUGGUCGAUUUUUAUCGUGAACUUGUUUUCACAGCAUUAAAUGAUAUUCUCAUAUCAACUAUUGAUGAUCACAAUACUUAUAUUAUCGGUGAACGUGUUAUACUCAGUGUUGAUUUAUUACACCUUUUUGUGACUGUGGCUAUACCUGGCAUGUUAGUAAAAUGUGAUCCAACCACAACCACAUCAAGUUCAACUGUCCAUACAACCGAGUCAUCAAUGAUACAAGAUACUGAUGACGAUGAUAAUCACGAAGAAGCAGUGACAGAGGAAGAAGGAGGUGACGAAUCAUUGCCAGUUCUGUUAGCUACUGAAUCUUACACACAUUAUACAUGGUCUGGUUCACCUUUAGAAGCUGCGAUAACGAUACGUUUUGUUGCUCGGAUACUUAUGAGUUGUUUAACGGAACCUCAUCUGCCUAUUGUUCGUCCAAUUACUGAUCCUAAACCGUUACAACUACGAAUUGGACAAGGAGAAGAAUUAUCAGAUGAUGACGAUGGUGAUGAUGACGACAACAAGAUUAAUGAUAAUCAUAAUAGAAUGAAGGGAGUGGAAAUCAAUGAUCAGGAAAUGAACAUGUCAGCUGAAUUUACUAGAAGUACUAAUAACUGUAGUCUUAUUUCAGAGGCUGUCUCGUUUCAACCAGCUUCUCAACUGACAAAAAUCUCUGCGUCACUAAGUCACAGUUUACCGGCGCUAGCAGCUAGCUCAUUGUCUACACUGGAAAAUUUCAAUAGUGAUUUGGAUAAUCCAGAUAAAUUGGAAUUAAUUCGUUCUUCAUCAUAUCUACAUUAUUGCCUUUCUCAAGUAUGUGGUCUGUCUAGGACAUCAUUAAUACGCAUUAACUCAAUUUAUUCACAGUAUACAAUCUAUUUACGUUGUUUAUGGAAAUUAAUUGAAAGUACUAAAUGUUUAAAUAAAUCAACAUUAAAUUAUUCAAAUAGCAAUAUGUCUACAUUGUUUAAUAUUUUAUGCUCGGGUGAAUUACCUACGCAUUUAGUGGAACUUCAAAGUUAUCUUCCACUGAUAUUUACAUUUGCUGAUUGUCUUCAUCAUCGCUUAUUAUGUUUAACUGAUUCGGAAAUCUGUGACAUCUCAUCGGAAGUGAACUACACCAACUCCAACGAUUAUCGUCAUCAACAACCAAUCAAUAAUAAUAUUGGUGCAAGACUUCGUGAUCUUAUGCUCGGCCUAAUUGAUUUGUCACAUCCUGAUCAAGUGCCGAAACAAACUCGUUGUAAUUUACAAACAGAUACACAUUGUGUAGAAUCAAUGGAACAACCAAAUUAUGGUGCAGUAUUACGUAGAAUAGAACAAUGGGUCGAAAUAGCCGAUCUUGGCAGUUCACCUAUUGGUGAUCUAAUGAUGCGAAAUUAUACACAAUGGUCGAUACCGGAUUUUCGUCUUUUACUAUAUUGUUGGUGUAGUUUACUGCGUCGAGUUGAACGAUUAGUAUUUCAAAUCUAUGAUUGGGAUCGUCGUUGCCGACGUCAACAAGAUACUAGUCUGCCUAUCUACCUUUUACAAAAUCCACAAUCCACAACGACAACAGCUUCUACAAAUGCAUCAUCUACAUUUUCAUCAUCAUCCUCAUCAACUGAUAUUGCACGCGUAACCAAUUCACCACGUCUACCACUUGGCACACCAAGUCUUAGUCAAACAUUUUGGUUGAAAGAUAACUUAUUUGAUUUAUUAAAUACUACAGAAUCACAAACUUCAUGGUUUGAAAAUCAAGGUUAUCAAAGUACAUUGGCAUUAGCUGGUGCACCGUUUGGUUAUUAUAGUAUUUUGAAUCCAGAUCGAAAUCAAGUGGUACUAGAAUCAUUUUCUUUAUCCAAUCGUCAAAUACGUCAAGUCUUAUUAUUGAAAAAGUUCCAUUUGUUAUACCAUUUGAAAAACGAGUUAAAUGAAUAUUUCUUUAUAUUGUACGUUAAAGGACGUACACCCUUACAUAUUGCUGUUGUUCAUUCACAACGUGUUGUUAUUCGUGCAUUAGUUGAUGAUUUCAAAGCUGAUCCAACUUUGAUGGAUUUCUCUGGUUACUUUCCAUAUAUGCUACUUGAAAAUAAUUUAAAAACUGAAUAUGAACCUUUUUUAACACAUGGUCGACUUCAACGAAUUCGAACUGCAUUAAAAGUUUUUAGAACAUCAAAUGUUUCCCAUGAUUCUUCUAAUAUCACUAAAGAUAAUUCCAGUAAGAAAGGUGUUGUGCAUACUGAUCAUUCAAUGGUUGACUUCAAACGACCUGUUAUGCUUCCAGUUGUGUCUAGACGAUUAGAGAAUUUCAAACGACCAACAACAAUACAACAACAAAAUCAUUUAAAUCGAACAUCUACCUUGAAACCGAUUAAUCAAAAUGCUGAAUAUAGUUUACGACGUCCAUCUGUGUUUGAAGGUAUUUUAAAAUCGGCUGCUGAAGCUGCUCAACACUGGAAUCAUCAUAAUAAUAAUUGUAAUAAUGAUCAUACAUCAAGUGUUAAAUUGUCAUCAGAAUCUAAUGAAGAACAAGUUAAUAUGAUAAUCCUAACGUCAGUAAACCUCUUAACGCUUGUUCUUCUUCUACGACAACGACAGAAUCAACAUCAACAAUAA